UUAGAGAGAGAAAAUAUAAAUACUCCCUCUAUUUCAAAAUUGUUUUGUGUUAAAAGCAAUUUGGAAAUUUCUCUCUAUUUUUUUUUUUCCUUUGAGACGUUUAAAUUCGAAAAUUGGGUGAAAAAGAGGAAAAAAAAAAAGAGAAUGUUAGCUUGGAAUUUCAUCAAACACUUUCCGUGCAAGAAUCUCUCCCGCCAUAUCCUCAGAGACAGAGUCAGACCUCUCUGCCUCUUCACUUUUUCUACUCCUCCAUCCUCCUUUUCAAUUACUGCCUCUCUCUCCUAUUCUUCUUCUUCAUCAUCUUCGUGCUUCACUGAUGAGUCUUUCACUGCACCUUAUCUCUCAGUUCGUAUACACUGUCCAAAACAUGUCCUCGAUCCAUUCUCGGAGGCGCUCUUGUGUUUUGGAGCAAGCUCUGUAACUGUAGAUGAAGACAUCGACGAAGAUGCGGCUUCUGGGUCUUCUCUUGUUUCCAAAGAGAUAUGUAUAGAAUUAAUAUUUCCAGUGCAUGAAGAGGUGAAAAUGUGCAUUUCACAGGCUGCAAAUUCCAUAGGCUUGAAAGAGAUACCCAAAUUCAAAGUUGAAAUAGGAGAUGAACAAGACUGGAUUACCAAAAACCAGGAGUUGUUUCAGCCUGUUGAAAUCGCCGAGAUGCUUUGGAUUGUACCUGAGUGGACAUCUCCUCCUGUCACUGAAGCGGUAAACAUAAUUCUGAACCCUGGAUUUGCGUUUGGGACUGGAGAACAUCCUACUACUAAGCUGUGUCUAUUGCUUCUACAAAGUUUGAUAAAAGGCGGGGAAGCAUUCCUCGACUAUGGUACUGGUUCAGGAAUACUUGCAAUCGCAGCCCUCAAGUUUGGUGCUGCAUCAUCUGUUGGCGUUGAUAUUGAUCCCCUGGCAAUAAAAUCUGCUAGUCAUAAUGCAGCUCUGAACAACAUUCCUUUGGAGAAACUGGAGCUGCACCUUGCACCAAGUGAGGAUAGCUCUUCUGGAAGAGAAAUACCACUGCGAAAACAACAGUUUGAUGUGGUCAUUGCAAACAUACUCUUAAACCCGGUUAUGGAACUGGCGGAUCAUAUCCUUUCAUUCGCAAAACCUGGGGCAACCAUUGGCAUUUCUGGUAUCUUAUCGGAACAGUUGACAAAUAUAAUAGAACGGUACUCUCCCUUCUUGGAGGACAUUUCUGUAGCUACAAUAGGUGAUUGGGUUUGCAUGAGCGGUACCAAGAAAGGGAAGUUUAUUGAUAAUUAAUCACUUCUUCAGUGUUAUAUCAGAAAACAGACAAUAACAUCAAAAGCAGUAGCAAAGCGAAGGC